CGUGCCUUGUUAGAUUCAAGUUGGGAUGUCGAUAGAAAGUAGAAACCCAGAAGUGGCAGCUCCUACGGAGGUGGAUACUGGAGCCGAGUCCUCCUCUAAUGGAAAAGGGGUGCAAGAAGAAGAAAGUUGUGUUGUAAUGGCAACGAAAUCAUCGGUGCCAUGUGCGUUACAAGAACGGUAUGACCAAGCCAUUGCUCUGUUCCACUACUUCUUCAACGAGUCUAACGUUAUUCCAAACAUUGUCUCUUUCUACCGCACCAUCAGAGCUCAUUUUCGUGUACAAGAAGCAUUCCAACUAUACCAUCACGCAAGAGGUUUUGAUCCAGACUACUACACAUACAGGAUUCUGACCAAAGGUCUGGUCAACGCCGGGAGGGUCCAUGAAGCUGUUGGUAUAGUUAAGGCGGCUUUUCUGCGCGAUUCAACUGUAAACAGCUAUCUGAUUCGCGGAUUCUUGGAUCAAGGGAACCUCGACAAGGCUGCUCAAUUGUUCGAUAGAUUGAACGACGAUAUGUCUCAAGAGCUUUAUGAUUACAACGACAUAGCCCUGGUUGAUGCAACGUUUGUGGAUUACUGGUUAGACAAGGAAAUGGCUUUUGAUUCGGAGACUAUUAAUAUAAUGGUGAAUGAGUGUUUCAAGCUUGGCAAGUUUACGGAGGCCAUGGAGACUUUCGAUUUGGGAGCGUGGAAUAUUGUACGAGGCAGAGGGUUUGUUCGAGGAGAUGUGGUCACACAAAGACUUGGUCUUCUCUUGUCCCAUGAGAUUCCUAGAUUUAGAUCAAUGAUCAAUGGAUAUGUUAAGGUUGGGAGAGUGGAUGAUGCUCAACGGAUGUUGAAAAAGAUGGUGGAUGCAAGUCUACUCAAGGUUGCUAUUCAUAAGGCCGAUUAGAGUUUCUUUUGAUUGAUGGCUAGAGGAUGCUAACAAGGAGAGGCUAAGUUGGACCGGAAGAGGCGUCAGCGAGAAAGAAGCUUUAUGAAUUACUUAAGAGAAGAGAAUAAAACUAUGUCGAGACU